AUGGCGAAGAGCUCGGACGUGGACGACCUCCUCGUGGCCUUCAGGAGGUUCGCGGCUCACGGAGACCACAAAGCCGCAGCCGCCUCCGAGAUGCCGGGACAGAAAUGGGCCAAACUCUGCAAAGACUGUAAGAUCAUCGACGGGAAACACGUCACCAGCACCGACACCGACAUCAUCUUCUCCAAACUCAUCCCAAAGACGUCCAGAGGGAUGUCGUACGCAGACUUUCGGAAGGCUCUGGAGAUGUUGGCUCAGAAGAGGUUUCCAGAUCAGAGCAAAGAGGACGCGCUGCAGUCUGUUCACAAACUCAUCGAGGGGAAAGGACCCGCCAACGCCGGAGUCACGAAAGUGGACAAAACGGGCGCAGUGGACCGCCUGACCGACACGUCCAGAUACACCGGCUCUCACAAGGAGCGCUUCGACGUGAGCGGGAGGGGCCGGGGCAGGGGCGGGCGCGAGGACCUGGUUGAGAACACCGGAUAUGUGAGCUCCUACCGCCACCAAGGCACCUACGAGAGCAAAGUGAAGGGGAAGCCCGGCGGAGCCCCAGACAGCUAA